UUUCGUAAUAAGUUUAAAAAUAAUGAAAGAAACAACAAAAACAAAGACGAAUAAGUAAGUGUGUCGGGGUCGAGGACGUUACAGAGAAGAUGGCGUCUGUUUAGGUCGGGCUCGUCACCUCCCCUCGGCGUCGAGCGGAUUCGCUCCAGCGUUUGAGGAGCAGCAAGAGCCGCAAUCUACACAGUGCAGCAUUCGCUGCGUCCCGCGACACUUGUACCGCUUUCAGAGUGACCGGUCAUCUCGUGAUCUCUCCGUAUACACUGUGACGUGUAAAUAAAUUGGCGUUUUUUAGCGCGCGCCUGCCUGCUUAGCUCAGUUAAACUGCGUGGAGUUGUUCGGAAGGGGUUUCGGUCGGUUGGUUGGUGUUUUUAAGCUCGUUGUUUUCGAUGUGACCGGUGGAACACGGUGUUUCCCCGCUCGCGUGAGUUGUGUCGUCGAGGCGACGGGAUGUCGGACAACCAGAGCUGGAACUCGUCGGGCUCCGAGGAGGACCUGGACACGGAGUCGGGGCAGCCCGUGGAGCUCGGCGGGGUCCUCAGCAAGUGGACCAACUACAUUCACGGGUGGCAGGACCGCUGGGUGGUGUUAAAAAAUAACACCUUGAGCUACUACAAAAGUGAGGAUGAGCGGGAGUACGGAUGCCGCGGGUCACUGUGUCUCAGCAAGGCUGUUAUCACGCCUCAUGAGUUUGACGAGUGCCGGUUUGACAUCAGUGUCAAUGACAGCGUCUGGUACCUGCGGGCCCAAGACCCUGAACACCGACGGCAGUGGAUUGAGUCUAUUGAGCUGCACAAGGCAGAGUCUGGCUAUGGCUCGGAGUCCAGCUUACGGCGUCAUGGGUCCAUGCUGUCCCUCACAUCCGCAGCCAGUGGCUACUCCGCCACCUCCACAUCCUCAUUCAAGAAAGGACACAGUUUACGUGAGAAGCUGGCGGAGAUGGAGACAUUCCGGGAUAUUCUGUGCAGACAGGUUGACACGCUACAGAAAUACUUUGAUGCGUGCGCUGAUGCAGUGUCCAAAGAUGAAUUUCAGAGAGAUAAAGUUGUGGAAGACGACGAAGACGAUUUUCCAAACACCCGUCCUGACGGAGACUUUCUGCACAACAACAAUGGCAGUAAGGAGAAAUUGUUUCCAUCCGUGAAUCCCAAAGGAAUAAACGGGAUUGACUUCAAAGGGGAAGCCAUCACCUUCAAGGCUACCACUGCGGGCAUCCUGUCCACCUUGUCUCACUGCAUAGAUCUGAUGAUGAAGAGGGAGGACAGCUGGCAGAAGAGGCUGGACAAGGAAUUGGAGAAGAGGAGACGGGUGGAGGAGGCCUACAAGACUGCAGUGUCAGAACUGAAGAAGAAAUCUCACUUUGGAGGUCCGGAUUAUGAGGAGGGUCCCAACAGUCUCAUUAACGAAGAUGAGUUUUUCGAUGCGGUAGAAGCUGCUCUUGACAGACAAGAUAAGAUUGAGGAACAGUCCCAGUCGGAGAAGUCCAGGAUACACCGGCCAACAGCAGUUCCCUCGGGAGAUACCUACUCCACCAUUGGCACCCACAGAUUAGCUCAGAAGCUUGUCAGUGCCUCUGAUGAUGUUCACAGAUUCAGGAUGCAGGUGGAAGAGAUGGUGCAGUAUCACAUGUCCUACUCCCUGCAGGAUGUUGGUGGUGAUGCCAAUUGGCAGCUGGUGGUUGAGGAAGGGGAGAUGAAGGUGUAUCGACGAGAGGUGGAGGAGAACGGCAUUGUGCUGGACCCGCUGAAAGCGACACAUGCCGUCAAGGGGGUGACUGGGCAUGAAGUGUGUCAUUACUUCUGGAACACAGAAGUGCGAAACGACUGGGAGACAACUAUUGAGAACUUCAAUGUGGUGGAAACGCUGUCAGACAACGCAAUUAUAAUUUAUCAGACUCACAAGAGGGUGUGGCCUGCCUCCCAGAGAGACGUUCUCUAUCUGUCGGCUAUACGCAAAAUUGUGGCCAACAAUGAGAACGAUCCAGACACAUGGCUAGUCUGCAACUUCUCGGUUGAUCAUGAGAACAACCCUCCCACCAAUAGGUGUGUUCGUGCCAAAAUCAAUGUGGCCAUGAUCUGUCAGACCCUGGUAAGCCCACCAGAGGGAGACAAAGAGAUCAGCAGAGACAACAUCCUUUGCAAAAUCACCUACGUUGCAAAUGUGAACCCAGGCGGUUGGGCCCCUGCCUCUGUGUUGCGUGCUGUGGCUAAGAGGGAGUACCCCAAAUUUCUGAAGCGCUUCACCACCUAUGUCCAGGAGAAGACGGCUGGAAAGUCCAUUCUCUUCUGAGCUCUGCAGUGCCCUGCUAUUGCUGGACGACUCGCCCGAUUUCCUCCCUUGCUGAGGUUGACACCUGACUGGGUGUGCAUUCCUCUACUGUGGGACUGCACUUACCUGCAGCAGCACAGUCCGUCCCUGCGCUCUUAUCUCCACCUCCUGCAGCUUAGGCCCACCCCCUGACCUCCCCAAUACAGAGCUUAAGAGCUGCCGAAAUUGCACCCAGCACCCCUGCGUGCUCCCAAAAGCUACAUCCCAUGCAGAUUCCUUUUCUGUCAGCUGUGGUUUAAAGGCUUUAAUGCACCAUUUGCUCACCAUCAUUUUUCUAGCUCCUGCCGGAAUAGCAAAAUUAAAAUGGUUUGUUAGUUUUCUGGCACUAAAUUUUGGAGAUAUAGUAGUUCUGCUUUUUGUAAAUGUUUAAUCAUAAUUUCCAGCAAGAUUUGAUUUUCAAGUUUCCUACAAUCACUGAUCUCAUGGCUUAUUUUCAUGCUGCUAAUUUUUCUAAAAAGUUACUUUUUUAAAGUUGUUUUGAUUGUUAGACUUUAGGGCUGUUACUUACCUUUGACCUUACCUUUUCAUCUCUGUUUCUAGUGAAGACCAAAUACAGGGUCUGAUGGAGGGAGAUAUGGAAAAGCUUUAUACGUUUUUCU